AUGUCUUCUUCAGUAGCAGAACGCAGACAGCCUAAUGCCUUCACCAGCUUUCCCAAGCUACCACCAGAACUGCGACUCAUGAUAUGGGAACUGGCUCUUGAUCGACCUCACCAUACAGUCCACGUGUACCCUUUCGAAGAUGACACUGGCCCUAGACCGAUUAGUAGGCUGACACUUAAUUUCAUCCUCGAGAGAGAGUAUGAUUUGUGCAUGAGGCAUAAAGGUGACAUGGUAAGUGAGCACCAUGAAAGAGGAAGAGAUAGGGGCAUGUGGAGGGCAUGUACAGAGUCCAGACAAGUCAUGAAAAAGAGCACCAGGGGACCAAUCGAAUCAUAUUUCGAUAAUCCCCUCACAGCUCGACUAACCAGUAUCUUGAAUGCGGACAUCAUACAUCUCGUGCGUAUCCCAUACCCCCUGGACGAAAUCGUGACCAUGGGCGUCAACCCUGGCGGGUGGAAGAAUGACGCUCCGGGACAGGGAAACCAGCAUGUGCGCUAUCUCAUCCCGGACGGGUAUCGUACUAGAUUCCACAUUGCUGCCUGCGAGUACGUAUAG